UCGAAAUCCCUAUUACAAUCAUUGUCAUCAUAGAGAAUAACAUAAACAAAUAUUUUUUCGAGAUGGAUCGUAUCAGAAAUUUGGAAAAUACGUAAAAAUCAACUAACGCGUAGUGAAAAAACAUUUUCAAACAAACAUCACGAACAAUGGCACGGCUGAGCAACGUGCGAGUGAAGUUAUGCGAUCAAAUUCUCCUGCACAAACUGCAUGUGCUGAACAAUGCAGUGUCCCAGAAGGGAGUCACCGAGCGGGAAAUGGAAGAAGCGUUCAAGCAGUCCAUCGGUUACCGUCCCAGCCGACUGUCCUGGACACAGUGGAACGACGGGACACUAUCGAUACUGUACAGCGUGAUUUUUGUGAUAGCACUAUUUGUGCUGACCCCGUUCCUGGCGUCAUUCAUCGAGGUGAUACUCGGUACACGGUGCAUCGUGCCGAACAACUAUCUCGUCUGGGAAGCGACAAGGCCCUUGUCGGAUUGCGAUUUUUGCAGGGGAGUUCAAGGGCCAAUUAUUCUGUCGAAUCUGUCGCGAGAGGAGUUCAAACCAUAUGCAUACUCGUCGAGGCCCAUCAUCAUCAAGAAUGCCAUAUCCCACUGGCCAGCAGCCAGGUUGCUCAACUUUACCUUCCUCAAGGACCUCUACUACAAACAUCCGUCGGCGCUAAACAGCUUCCAUGAGGAUUGCCAGUUUUUGCAUUUCAAAUCAAACUUCCAAACACUGAAGGACGUGUUUCGAAUGUCGGAAGACUUUCGCUCGGGGCAUAAACCCUGGUACGUCGGUUGGAGCAACUGCAACCCUGUGAUCCUGGCGGAGUUGAGGAAGCUCUACCCGAAGCCGCAUUUCUUGCCAGAGGAUGCCGAGAUGCCGAAUACGGACUUUGUAUUCCUGGGCUACGAACAGGGCGCGGUGAUGCACAUUGACUACAUACCCCGGCUGAUGUGGCAGGCUCAGCUGAGGGGCAACAAAAGUUGGAUACUGGCACCGACUCCGGAGUGCGACGAAGAAUGCCGCAGCUUUAGCUUCUACGUCGAGCCGGGUGACGCCUUGCUGGUCGAUACACGGCUUUGGUACCACGGUACGUUCAUUUCCAAGGGGGAGUUUUCCCUUACCAUUCAGUCCGAGUAUGGCUAAAGUAGAGUUAUCGCAAUUUUGCGGUAACCGAUCCAUGCAUUAAAGUUGUAUCAAUUAGAGUUGUGUGCCAUUGCGAUUAUUAUUAUCUUUAGUUAAAGGAUGCGAGGAAUAUAUUUUGUAAAUACAUUUGUGAAGAA